UCACAAUGGUCAAGAGUAGUCAACAGUAGAACAACGUGCCGUAAAAUUAUGAAACUAAAAUUCAAACGUAAAAAAACCAACACGUGAAACGCGCAACACUAUGCAAUAUCAGAAUAUUUAGCAAUUAAAUAAACAUUGAAAAUUUAUAAGUGCAACGAAGUGUGGGUGUUCCAAAAUGCAAGUAAAAAACAUUUUCAGACAAUUUACAAAACAUAGAAUUUUAAUUGCGGUUGCAAUUUACUUGCAUAUACUAGAAAAAUCAAUUCAACUAUGUAAUUGUGUUCAUGGUUUUAGAAAUAAUACAGAGAGCGCCGAGCUGGUUUCCCAUUACGAAUCAAGUCUAUCGUUGCCAGAUAUAUUGCCCAUACCCUCAAAAACAUAUGACAAGAAUCGUGCGCCAAAGCUGCUGGGCCAGCCGACCGUUGUUUAUUUUCAUGUGACAGUACUUUCACUAGACUCGAUCAACGAGGAGUCAAUGACAUAUGUGACUGACAUAUUUUUAGCACAAAGUUGGCGCGAUCCGCGGCUGCGCUUGCCAGAGAAUAUGAGUGAACAAUAUCGCAUAUUAGACGUGGAUUGGCUGCACAGUAUUUGGCGUCCGGAUUGCUUUUUUAAGAACGCCAAAAAGGUGACCUUUCAUGAGAUGAGCAUACCUAACCACUAUCUGUGGCUGUACAAUGAUAAGACGCUGCUUUAUAUGUCCAAACUGACGCUAGUACUCUCUUGUGCUAUGAAAUUUGAGUCUUAUCCGCAUGAUACUCAAAUCUGUUCCAUGAUGAUUGAAAGUUUGUCGCAUACGGUGGAGGAUUUGGUUUUCAUAUGGAAUAUGACAGAUCCAUUGGUGGUUAAUGCUGAAAUCGAGUUGCCACAGUUGGAUAUAUCUAAUAACUAUACUACCGAUUGUACCAUCGAAUACUCAACUGGCAAUUUCACCUGCUUGGCGAUUGUCUUCAAUCUACGCCGGCGUUUGGGCUAUCAUUUAUUUCACACUUAUAUACCAUCGGCGCUUAUUGUGGUUAUGUCCUGGAUAUCGUUUUGGAUUAAGCCCGAGGCAAUACCGGCACGUGUGACACUCGGCGUUACUUCCUUGCUGACCCUCGCAACACAGAAUACUCAAUCUCAACAAUCACUGCCGCCGGUGUCCUAUGUAAAGGCCAUUGAUGUUUGGAUGUCUUCCUGUUCGGUAUUCGUUUUUUUGUCCUUGAUGGAAUUUGCGGUUGUUAACAAUUAUAUGGGACCGGUUGCCACUAAAGCAAUGAAAGGCUACUCCGACGAAAACAUUACCGAUUUAGAUGAUUUAAAACAUCAUCAUCGGGAAUCCAUUAUUGAGCCACAGUACGAUACAUUUUGCCACGGCCAUGCUACAGCUAUAUAUAUAGACAAGUUUUCGCGCUUCUUUUUUCCGUUUUCAUUCUUCAUACUUAACAUUGUCUAUUGGACGACAUUUCUGUAAGUUUCCUGAGCCUACCCCAAUGUAUUUAGGAGAUUGCCGCUAUCAAAUAAUAAAUACAA